ACAUCCAGUUCUACCACUUCAUGCACCAUGUGACUGACCUGAAGAAGAAUGAGAUCAUGAUGACCUUUGACAUGUUAGACUGGAAUUCCAGCGGAGAGAUCGGCUUCGAACAGUUCUACAUGCUGGUCUGCAUCCUGCUCUGCAGCGAGGUAGUGUUUUUCUGUAUGUGUGUGUGGGUGUGUGUUUGUGUGUAGUGUGUGUAUUUUUGUCUUGUCUGCCAGUAUUGAAGUUCAGAUAAGUAAUUCAUUCAUUAAACUGUAUCAUGUCAUAACUGUUACUACAGAAUCAUGCGAUCAGGAGAAUAGAUCUUGUAUGUCAGAACCAUGCGGUCAGGAGAAUAGAUAUUGUAUGUCAGAACCAUGCGGUCAGGAGAAUAGAUCUUGUAUGUCAGAACCAUGCGGUCAGGAGAAUAGAGCUUGUAUGUCAGAACCAUGCGGUCAGGAGAAUAGAUCUUGUAUGUCAGAACCAUGCGGUCAGGAGAAUAGAUCUUGUAUGUCAGAACCAUGCGGUCAGGAGAAUAGACCUUGUAUGUCAGAACCAUGCGGUCAGGAGAAUAGAUCUUGUAUGUCAGAACCAUGCGGUCAGGAGAAUAGAUCUUGUAUGUCAGAACCAUGCGGUCAGGAGAAUAGAGCUUGUAUGUCAGAACCAUGCGGUCAGGAGAAUAGAGCUUGUAUGUCAGAACCAUGCGGUCAAACUGAAGGCCAUUAAAGGCCAUUCUCUGUUGAUCUUGUGUAUCAUGGGGAAACCACUUCUCAUAUCUGGCUUUCAGACAAAGAGAUAAAAACCUGUUUAACACAACCUACUUCCUAAUUCCCUUUUCAUAUCUCAUAAAAAAAUGACAGUCAUGUUUACAGAGACAACAAAAAGGCGUUUUACUGCCAUGAUUCAAAGUUGACCAGAAAACAUACGUUUCAUAGAAAUGCAAUAAAUCACAGCUGGAACGGAAAUGAGGAAUGCACAGGGUAAUGUACGUUACAGAACCUUUUGAUACAGUUUGUCUUAUCUUUAUGUGGGUGAAUGCAACACGUAUGUGUGUGUGUGUAUGCAACCUCUUUCAGUACCACGUGGAGAAUAACUUUCGCUUCCGUCACUCCAGGCCGGUGUUUGAAUUGUUGGACAUGGACGGAGGUCGCACCAUCAGCCCCGUCGAGUUCCAGGCCUCUGGCUUCCUGUUCAACCUCAAGGUACACGCCCUCGAUAAGAUCUUCUACAGUCACUCUCCGAGA